AUGGAGAAGAUUUUCAGCUUUGCCUGGAAGGGAAAACGUGGCAUCGAAAGCAAGGAGGGAGAAGAAGGUGGCGAAAAUGAUGACUACGUCGACGAUGAACAAGGUCUACAGCGGAAGCACAAGGUCGACACCACGCUGCAGGUUCACUUUUUCGGCAAGAAAGGUAAUCAGGAUCUGCAGUACGACGGGUUCUACAACUUCAUGAAGAACCUCCAAACCGAAGUUCUGGAACUGGAAUUUUGCGAGUUUUCCAAGGGUCACGAACGCAUCUCGGAGGUUGACUUUGCGAAGAUUUUGCUGCGGUAUACCUAUUUGGACACUGACGAAUACGACAACUACUUGGAUCGUCUGCUGGAUAGAGAAGCCAAGGAGAAGGGAGUUUCGUUUGACGAGUUCCGUCAGUUCUGCCAAUUUCUGAACAACUUGGAUGAUUUCUCCAUUGCCAUGAGAAUGUACACUCUUGCUGAUCAACCGAUUUCUAAAGACGAAUUCUCCCGGGCCGUCAAGAUCUGCACCGGUUCGGAGCUGAACUCGCACCUGAUCGACACGGUCUUCGCCAUCUUCGACGAGGACGGCGACGGGCUGCUGUCGUACAAGGAAUUCAUCGCCAUCAUGAAGGACCGGCUGCACCGGGGAUUCAAAGUAAGUCACCACAACUUUCUGGUCGAAGACUAUCUGGACGAGAUCGACAAGGAAACGGUGCACGCGUCGGGCUUUCGCCAUCUGCUUAAAAUGCGAUCCCGUGCCUGUCGGCAGUUGAGACGGUAUUUGAUUUACUUCCAGUUCCACCCGGACCAUGGCUACCGUCCGGAGCGGAACUACCACCGGUGA